GCCUUCCUUGUAAGUUAAUUGUAGUUGGCCUGCAGCUGCUGAAAAGUGCAAUCAUGGCGGACGAAGUAGCUAAAGCACAAACGGCCCAGCCUGGGGGAGACACAAUUUUUGGCAAGAUCAUCAGGAAGGAAAUCAUCUCAACUAUGAUAUAUGAAGACGAGCAGUGUGUAGCCAUAGAAGACGUCAAUCCUGCUGCUAAGGUGCACUACUUGGUCAUUCCCAAGAAGCAAAUUACUCAACUCUCAAAAGCAGAAGAAACAGAUGAACAGCUUCUCGGUCAUCUCUUGCUUGUAGCCAAGAAGGUCGCAGAACUAGGCGGCUUGAAAGAAGGCUAUCGUGUUGUCAUCAACGACGGCAAAGACGGUGCACAGAGUGUCUACCAUUUACAUUUACAUGUCAUCGGUGGCCGAGUCAUGGGAUGGCCACCAGGCUAGAGUUAUUCAUCAUACCAAAGCUUUCUCAUUGGUCCUCUGUUCAACAAUAGCGCCCUCAUCAGUUUUAGUAAGACCAGGGCCCAAUUUCACAAAGAGCUAAGAUUGAUCUUAACUGCAA